AUCACGUUGACGCGGCAGGAUGGAACUUCUCAUUCUCUACAUAUUUUUCUUUCGGACUCCAGCUCUUCUUUAAAUUCUCAUUUUGAUGAAAAAGAAAACUGCCAUGAAAGUCUGAGACGAACCACCGAGGAUGGAGUUUUGUUUGAGUGGAGGAAGCGCAGACUGACUGGGCUGCAACAGCGUGGAUGUGUCUCACCAUCUGAAAACAAUGUACCUGCAACAGCGCUUCCUCGUCGCCGCUGUCUUUGCCUUCAUGUGGUAUUGUUUGGAUUAUGGACAAGUUACACUUCAGUUGAGCGUACUGAUCUGCGUUUUGUUUUCACUGAAUUUCUUUAAAGGGUCUGUUGAAUGUAGUACGCAGACAGACGAGUUGGCUGAACAAUCACCAUGUCAGGAGGUAGAUGAGGAGAUACGCUGUGGCCAUCGGAGCAGUACAACCAGUUUCCCAGAGGAAUUGCAGCAUGGCUUUCAGUAUUUAACUGUGAAGAGGUCGCUUCGAGAAGUCUUUGAGUGUGCAUACACACAGUCAGUCCUUCCGUGGUACACAGUGCCAGAGUCUACCAUCAACCAGCCCUUCCACGCAGCGCUGAAGACCGAAUUUGACCUGUUUGUGGACCGCCUCAUCUGCAGGGCUCGGGAGUUCGACCUCUGUGACGCCAGUAUAGGCUGCGUACGCAUCCUCACCCAACACCUGCACAAUGCAAAGCAGAGCACGGGAGGUCCCCUGUUCAACUCUAGAACCGAGGAGAUGGCGGUCCUCAGGGUGUUCUCCGAGGCCCUCGUACGGAACCUCCUCCCAGAAAGCCUCUGGAACCUCGAGCUCUACCGGUGUAUUUUAAAUGAAGUGGUGGCCCUGAAAGUGUUAGACCUGCUGGUGACUUGGCUGUCAGACCCAGACAACCUGAACCAGCUGGUAGUGAGUCAGCUGGACAGAGUGGCCGUCAGCCGGUCGGUGGAGAGUCUGUGUGAGUCCCAGAGAGACGAUGCAUCCACUACAGAGACCGAAGACACUGGAGCCUCAACAGAUGAUGAAGAGGAUGUCCCCAAGCGGAAAAGGAACAAGAAAGGAAAGAAAGAGAAAAAAGGUGGGAAAAGAUUAAAACAGGGAUGGACGAAAUUCAUUGACAAGAUGAAGACGAAGAAGGCCAAGAAGAAGGAGCUGAAGAUGAAGGAGCAGGAGCUGAUCCGGAGGGCCCUGUCCCAUCGGCGCACCGCCUGCAUUACCCCGGAUGGAGAGGGGGAGGGGGAUGAGGAGGGCGGAGGAGGAGGCAGCAACACGGGGUCCGGCAGAAGCAGCCAUAUUGGCUCAGAUGGGGAGGACGACAGUGACCUGGAAUCCUACCUCACCAGCGUUCAGGAGGACAUGAUGGAGUUCAAGUUGUCCUAUGAGAUGUGGAGGGUGGGGAACUGGACUGUUGUUGUGAAUAAGGUCGAGCAGAAGAAUGAAGACCUGUGCUUCACCGUUCACCUCGAAGAGCGUGACAAUCCUGACAAUCUACACUGGGACGUCACCAAAACAGGCACGGACCUUCUCCAUUUCCAUAGCCGAUGGCAGGACAUGUCAGGGCUGCCAUCGAUAUCCGCUAUAUUGGCGGAAGGAGGACAGGACCGCGAUGCAGCAUUUCUGGAGGAAGCGAAAACCAUCUUGCAAAACUUUCUUCAGGAACUGGUGGAUGACGAGCACUUCGGUCACAGCCAGCCGGUGUUUCAGUUCCUGUGUCCGCUAGACAGACUGCUGAAUGAAGAGGAGCCGGGCAGUGGGGUGUGGGGCCUCCUCAGUGGCAUCGCCUACUUCCUCACACCCGGACAAGAGGAAGAGGAGCACAAUGGUCCAGGGGCAGAUACUCAAAGCGUAAAUGACAUGAAGUUCACUGCUGCCACGGUCCACGAGCCAGAAACAUCACACCGGUCCAGCAAGGUGAACGGUCAGGACCAACAUGCCAAAGGAGACAUCCCAGAACCUCAUCAUCCUGCUUCCCUUAACGGUUUCUCUUCUAGCGAGUCGAACAGUAGACGCUGCUCUGUAACCAGCAUCAAGGAUUUUAACAAUGACCCCAACAACAAAUACGGUUCUAAAACCAACCUCAAAGACUGUAUCGAAGAACCUGCGUUGACCAACGGUAACGGACCAGAGGAGUCGGAGGAUGUACCACACUCUUCCGGACCCCUAAUCAGCGGCCUUAACAGCAUCGCUGAGAGCUUCGACGAGUUUCUAUCCAAAGCCAAAGCGGCGAUGCCCAAAAUGCACAACAACAUACUCACCCAGGGGUCCGACUCCAUCUCUACCUCUACCUCUACCUCGUCGUUGAACGAUAUCUGCUCGCAGACGGGAAGCAGCAAAGUAAGCAAGCGGGAUAAACUCGGUCUUAGGAAGCCUGUGGGAAAGCGGAGAGGGGGACGAGACAUAGGAUGCCAGGCAAAGGAGGCCAGCCUCCCACCUCCCCUCGCGCCGCUGGACAAGAACGCUAACCAAGCCAAGGAGCACCUGGAGGCCACUAAGGCCAUAUUUGAUUUACUCAAGGAAAUAUCCGGGAAUUCUUUAAUCCUCAAUAUAUUUGAUGCCAUUCUAAAACCGGUCAUGCCUUUGGUGAAAAAGAAAGUGAAUAGCUUCAUGGAUCGGAUGAACCCCACAGAAGAGCAGAUGGCGUCCUACAUUGACCUCGUCAGAGAGAAGCAGUGGCCCAACGGCACCGCCCAUGCCGGGGGGCCAAAACCUCCCCCGAGGACCCCAGAAGAUAUGAACGAGACCAGGGAACGAGCUCAGCAGCUCAUCAACACCCGAUAUUCAAACUUCCUAGUCCUAAAGAAGACUGACGUGGAAACAGUAUUUAAGCUCUUCCAAGAUACUGAGGAGAAUAAGAAGCUGGUCUAUAUGAUUCUAUCGUUCCUGUUACACCAGUUCCUGCCUGGAGAGCCAGCCAUUCAUGUUAUCACCCAACUGUAUGUGAAAGACAUUGUUUGAGUUCAAAAACAUGCUCGCCAGCACUUUUAGCGUGUGGUUAAACACAAAAUAAAUAAAUACAAACAUUUAAUGUUCAUACUAUAUUUUAAACAAUGAUGUUCUGGAAUUGUCUAUGAAUUAUCUACAAAUGGUUUGUAUGUGAAUUUUAAAACACAAUACCUCCUUGAUCUACUGUGAAUGCAUUUGGCAGAUAGGCAUUUUUCAAUUUAAAACCGGUUGAUAGCCUGUUUUUAUUAUUUGUUAUCCCUUUGUCUGUGAAGAUGCACUCCAGAUAACAUUUAUGCAUUCCUUGUUCUCUUUUCAAUGGUUUUGAUGUCUGUGUCACAGGGAAAAGUUUGGGAAAUGUAAAAAAAAUCACAAUUUGCUGACUUGUACAAUGUAUAACAAGCAAAUGGUUAAUUCUGAACACACACACACAAGGGAAUGUGUCUAAUGAUUCCAACAGGCAAUACAGUCCCACUUAUAUACCAUGUAUGUAUGGAGUAUGUAAUCUGUCAGAAUGCAAGAAUGACACUUGUUGUGCCUUUUAAAUGUGUUUUUUUUUCUCCUUGGUUUGUGAGGAGUUUAAAUCAGAAAUUCUAAAAAUUAUUUAUAGCUCAACUCUCUAUUAGUGUCUGGGGCUCGAGCCAAAGUCCAUUUUCUGCAUAAAUGUAAAUAAAGGUGUUGUGUCACCUGUA